AUGAGAGGGAGGCCCCUGGCAGCCAAGAUGAAGCCCGUGGUGUGUGUGUGCUGCUUGCUGUCCGUCCUGGUGCUGUCUGCAGCAGAUCUGCUGCCGGAGUCCUCCGCCCCGGACGACGAGCCUCUGGUGCAGCUGCAGCUGCAGCAGCCGGAAGGCGACCUCUUCUCAUGUGGCUGCGACGCGCCGGAGGAACACGCCAGCCAGAGCUCCUCCAACGACACCCCGGCUCCGGAGAGGGCCGUGUGUCAGCCCUGCAAGCCCCCGGCGGCCGGGGAGGACGUGCCCAGCUCUUCAUCAGAGCAAGAGGAGGAGGAGGAGGAGGAGGAGGAGGAGGAGGGAGUCCUGCUGCCUGGAGAUGAUGCUGCCGCUGAGGAGGUGGCGGGCGAAGAAGAGGAAGAAGAAGGUGAGGGAAAUGAAGAGGUGACCUCCGAGGAAGAACCUGAGGCAGAGCCUGAAGAGGAGGAGGGAGAAGGAGCUGAGGAGGCAGAGUCACCUCCAGAUGAGGAGGAAGCAGCAGAGGUAGAAGAGGGAGAAGAAGAGGAGGAAGAGGAGGUAACUGAGGUGAUCCCUGAACCAGAACCCGAAGUCAUUGCAGAACCGGAGGCGAUUCCCGAGCCAGAACCUGAAGUAAUUGUAGAGCCGGAACCAGAGCCAGAGCAGAUUCCUGAGUCUGAACCAGAACCAGAGGUGAUCCCUGAACCAGAACCAGAGCCGGAGGCGAUCGCUGAACCAGAACCGGAGCCAGAGGUGAUUCCUGAACCGGAACCUGAAGUCAUUCCUGUGGAGCCAGAGCCAGAGCCUGUGGCGGCGGCGGAGGAGGAGGAGGAGGCGGUUGUGGAGGACGUAGCAGAGGAGGCCGCUCCGGCAGUCCAGGACGUCGAGGAGGAGACGGUGGAGGAGGUGACUGAAGAGAAGCCUGCAAAGUCCAAACCCAAAGACAGUCCAGCAUCAGGCCCGGCGCCGAGGGACCGCUCGCACAUCGAGGACACGCUGCAGCUGGCCGGCGCUGAACCCUCGACAGAGUUCUCAGGUGCCAUGAAAACACUGUUAAACAUCUACCACAAGGCCAUCAAGCCAAUGGAAGACGCCUACAGAUACAAUGAGCUCCGGCAGCAUGAAGUCACAGACGGGGAGAUCACCUCCAAGCCGAUGGUCUUGUUUUUGGGACCCUGGAGUGUUGGAAAGUCCUCAAUGAUCAACUACCUGCUGGGCCUUCAUGGCACCUCCCAGGAGCUCUACACAGGCGCCGAGCCCACCACCUCCGAGUACACCGUCAUCAUGCACGGCGAGAAGUUCCGCUCCGUAGAGGGCAUCGUCAUGGCGGCGGACAGCUCCAGGUCCUUCUCGCCCCUGGAGAAGUUUGGCCAGGGGUUCCUGGAGCGGCUGGUCGGCGUCGAGAUGCCCCACAAGCUGCUGGAGAGGGUCACCUUCGUGGACACGCCAGGCAUCAUCGAGAACCGCAAGCAGCAGGAGAGAGGCUACCCGUACAACGAGGUGUGCCAGUGGUUCAUCGAUCGGGCCGACCUGAUCUUCCUGGUUUUCGACCCCACCAAGCUGGACGUGGGCGGAGAGCUGGAGAUGCUCUUCAGGCAGAUGAAGGGCCGCGAGUCCCAGAUACGCCUCAUCCUCAACAAGGCCGACAGCCUCUCCAACCAGGACCUGAUGCGGGUCUACGGAGCCCUGUUCUGGAGCAUGGCCCCCCUGAUCAACGUGACUGAGCCCCCCCGCGUCUACGUCAGCUCCUUCUGGCCUCAGGACUACGCCGUGGACACCAGCCGGGAGCUCUUCAUGAGGGAGGAGAUCUCUCUGCUGGAGGACCUCAACCAGGUGAUUGAGAAUCAGCUUGAGAACAAGAUCGCGUUCAUCCGGCAGCACGGCAUCCGCGUGCGCAUCCACGCGCUGCUGGUGGACCGCUACCUGCAGACCUACUACGACAAGCUGGGCUGGUUCAGCGACCCCUACGAGGUCUUCCGGGACAUCGUGGACGACCCGGACAAGUACUACAUCUUCAAGUCCAUCCUGGCCAAGACCAACGUCAGCAAGUUCGACCUCCCCGACAAGGAGGCCUACCAGGACUUCUUCGGGGUCAACCCCGUCUCCGGCUUCAAGCAGCUGUCGUCCCACUGCAGCUGGACCGGCGGCUGCCUGCUGGAGAAGAUCGAGAGGGCCGUGUCGCACGAGCUCCCGGCCCUGCUCAGCAGCAUCAGCAGGAACACGGAGGCGCCCGCCCCGCCCAAGGCCGCCGCGCCGGCGCCCCCGCCGCCCCUGCCCGGCACCUGCGAGGGCCCCGGGUGCGGAGAGAAACCCAAGAACCGCUGGAGGAGGGAGUGAGCCGCAGGAGAGGGAGGGCAGAUGGCGGCGACCGGAGGGAUUCCUGAGAACGAUCCGCCUCUGAUGUGGCUUUCAGGACGGUCCGCGGGGGAGACCGUGCAGGGAGGGGAGGGAAACGAUGUCCAAAGAGCCACAGUGCCAAGCAGAUCCGAACCAGAGAGGACUUUCUAUUUUGUGGUGCCGUUUUAAUGUGCGCGAUAUACUGAACAUGCCACAUUUUCACAAUACUUUUAUAACUGCUGCACAAUUUCUUCUAUGGUAUUUAUCGACACACCUAAAUGAAGUUUUUUGCACAAAAAAAAAAUGUGAUAAUUUAAAUGAACCCUUUGACUGAAAUCAAACACUUCUCGGAAUCAUAACUAACAGAUGCUGAAAGUUGAUGUUAUCUCAAAAAUGUAGCAGAAAAUCUCACUCUCUGCACAUUUUCCAGCAAUUACAUGGCAGUAAAAUCCAAACAGAUCCAAAUGUUGAAGCUUCAGAACGUCUCAUUACGUGUGAAUGAAACCUGGGUACGGCUGUUGUGUCGUUUCUCCGGCUUUUGAAGUUCCUCCAUUAUUUAUUCACACUGUUUUCACCAGAGGAGGACACUGGCAGCAGCCACGCUCCUGCGGCGAUAAGAAAUGCCAUCACCCAUUUAUCUUUCGCGUGACGAUUAAGUCACAUCUGCUGUGCUGUGAUUUUUACGGCCUUAAUUCUCCUUGCCAGCAGGUUCAUGCCCCAAAACAACCCCGGUUUGUUUCUAAUAAUCUAAUGACAGUGUGAAGAAAAACACGGAAGAAGAUGCCGUCGUUUUUAAAGUCACCGUAUUUCACCGUGCUGAUGAACUGUGAUUUAUCUGUGUGUCCUGCUGUACGAUGUUUAUAUUAGGAGCAAUUUUUACUCUAAAAUACUACGUGCCCAAGGUGAAAUGAGUGAAUUCAAAUGUGUGUACAUCUCCAGAUUGAGCUGUUUUCUGUUCAUGUGAGUGUUCCCGGUGCAACAUGUGGCUUUUCCAGCCCUCUAAACUGCUGUUAGUUUUACCUCAACAUGGCUGCAGACCACAUGUGGGUUUCCAUUAAAGUGUAAUCCUUUCCUCAUCCUGUCUGUUUUUAAUUGUCAUUGUUGUGUG